AUGAUGGCAAUUGCAAUACUUCUCCUAUGGCCUCUUCUGGCUUUGGCAAAGACAUUGUCCACCCCGUUGUCUUUGCCAAAGUGUCCCGGAUAUAGGGCUACCAAUGUAGAAGAGAGAUCUCGUGGAUUGACUGCGGAUCUGACGCUUGCUGGCGAACCGUGCAAUAUCUACGGGACUGAUAUUGAACACUUGAGACUGGAAGUUGAGUAUCAAACCGACGCAAGGCUCCAUGUUGUCAUCUACGACGCAGAUGAAAAUGUCUACCAGGUGCCUGAGUCGGUAUUCCCCAGGCCUGCCACCAGGGAAAAUGGUCGUCAAGAUGAAAGCUCUCCAGAGAUCCGGUUCUCGUUCGAAGAGCACCCAUUCUCCUUUUCUGUCUCACGGGCUAGCAACGGGGAGACCCUAUUCAACUCGUCUGGCCACGAUCUAGUAUUCGAAUCGCAAUACGUUAAUGUCCGUACCUCUCUCCCAGAGAGCCCAAAUUUGUAUGGGCUCGGAGAACACAGUGACCCAUUCCGACUGAAUACGACAAGCUAUACCCGGACGCUUUGGAACAGAGACGCGUACAUGAUUCCGGCCGGGACCAAUCUCUACGGCACGCACCCGCUAUAUCUCGACCACCGCGGCGAGACUGGGACGCAUGGUGUAUUUCUGCUAAACUCUAACGGGAUGGACAUAAGAAUUGACAAGGACGCCAAUGGUAGCCAGUUUCUAGAAUAUAAUAUUCUAGGUGGCGUUCUCGACUUCUACUUCCUGGCCGGCCUUAGUCCAAUGGACGUGAGCGUGCAGUACGCAGAGGUUGCUGGAUUACCAGCUAUGGUGCCAUAUUGGGGGUUUGGAUUCCACCAAUGUCGCUAUGGCUACCGGGACAUAUUCGAAGUUGCAGCGGUUGUCUAUAACUACAGCAAAGCGGACAUUCCUCUGGAGACAAUGUGGACUGAUAUCGACUACAUGGAUCACCGCAAGGUCUUCACGCUAGACCAGCAGCGCUUUCCUCUUCACAAGGUGCGCGCCUUGGUGGAUUAUCUUCAUAAGCACGAUCAGCAUUAUAUUGUCAUGGUUGAUCCGGCGGUGGCUCAUGCGAACGGUUCUGCGUUCCAGCGCGGCGUACAGAAGGAUGUGUUCAUGCGACACCAGGAUGGUUCAUUGUAUAAAGGCGCUGUCUGGCCCGGCCCAACUGUCUUCCCCGACUGGUUCCAUCCAAAUGCUUCAGACUACUGGAUCAACGAGUUUGCCCUGUUCUUCGAUGCGGAAACCGGGGUCAAUAUAGAUGCUCUGUGGAUUGACAUGAAUGAGGCCGCGAACUUUUGCGACUGGCCAUGCUCAGACCCCAUUGCAUAUGCGCAGAAGAAUAACUUGCCUCCUGAUCCGCCACUUGUUAGGCCGAACCCGAGCAGCCUUCCUGGAUUCCCGGUGGAGUUUCAGUCUGGAAAUAGGGAUAACAGGUAUAUAAAGACUAUCAGGAGUCACAAUAAUCAGUAUUUUCUUGGAAAUGGGACCAUGCUGGGCCUUCGCGGCCGCGAGUUGAUUGACCCGCUGUAUAAGAUUGCUAAUGCUGCAGGCUCGCUGAGCAAUAAGACUAUGAAUACGGAUCUGAUUCAUGCGAAUGGGCUCGCUGAAUACGAUACUCAUAAUCUCUAUGGGACAAUGAUGAGCUCCCUCUCCCGAGAGGCCAUGCUACACAGACGGCCAGAGAAACGGCCUCUGGUAAUUACACGCAGCACCUUCGCUGGUGCUGGGUCUCAUGUUGCUCACUGGCUCGGCGACACCGUCAGCAGCUGGGAAAAGUACCGCAUCUCAAUUGCCCAGAUGCUAUCCUUCGCAUCCCUAUUUCAAAUUCCCAUGGUCGGCAGCGACACCUGCGGGUUCACUGGAAACACAACCGAGCAGCUCUGCGCACGCUGGGCAAUGCUGGGCGCCUUCAACCCGCUGUACCGCAACCACAACGAGUACGGGAUGAUCAGCCAGGAGUUCUACCGGUGGGAAUCCGUGGCCGAGGCGGCGCGAAAGGCUAUUUCCAUCCGGUACCAGCUGCUUGAUUAUCUGUAUACGGCGUUCCAUCGGCAGACGGAGACGGGGGAGCCGUUUCUGUUGCCGCUGUUCUUCUUGUACCCGGGUGAUAAGGCGACGUUUGGGCUGGACUUGCAGUUCUUUUAUGGGAAGGGGCUGCUUGUUAGUCCGGUUACUGAGGAAGGGAGUACGGAUGUUGAUGUCUAUUUUCCAGAUGAUGUCUUUUAUGACUGGUAUACUGGGGAUAUGGUGAGAGGCAUGGGCGAUGUGGUGAAGUUGACCGGGGUUGGGUAUACGGACAUCCCGCUUCAUGUGCGAGGGGGGAGCGUCAUUCCAGUGAGGGCGAAAAGUGCGAAUACCACGACAGAACUGAGGAAGCAGAAUUUCAGGCUGGUUGUUGCACCGGGGCUGGAUGGGAAAGCUGAAGGUGAGCUGUAUCUGGAUGAUGGCGAGUCGUUGCAUCAGCCGGCUACGCUCGACGUGAGAUUUGUCUACGAGGAUGGUCGACUGAGCUUUGAUGGGGAGUUUACCCUCGAAACGGAUUUACAGAUUGAAUCGGUCACUAUUCUUGGAGGUGCAGACAAGGCUGGUUCAAUUCCUGUUAAUCUGCCCCUGACAGGUCCCCGGAGGGUUGAUCUGAAUAACCUCAAGUAG